AUGGCCUUGCGUCCUGGGCUUGUAGGCGCUGCCUUGGGCAGCGCCAUGCGCACGCCGUCCUUGCGCAUUGCCGCAGCUAUGCCGACGGCUCUGCUGCCAUCUGUAGCGCUCGCCCGCGCGAGUCUGCCGCUCGGGGAUUCGCCCCUGCCGUCCUUUGGCUUCGGCGCCUCGGUGCAGACGCGUAACUCGGCCAAGCGCGGCGGUGGUACGACGAAGAACAACCGAAACAGUGUGGGUCGUCGCCUCGGUGUGAAGAAGGCCGGCUCCACGGCCGUCGUCCCAGGCAACAUCAUCGUGCGCCAGCGCGGCACCUCCUGGCACCCUGGCGAGCACGUCCGCAUGGGACGCGACCACACGCUGUAUGCUACAGCGCCCGGCUACGUGCGCUUCUACAAGCCGCAUUCAGAGUCGGACGGCGUCCAAAAGACCCCCCCGGCGUCAAUGGGCAACCUGCCCCUCCGCCCCUUACCGCGCCACACAGUGCAUGCGCUGGCGCCCGAGUCGGUGCGCCCUCACCCCUCGUCGAACAAGCGUGAGCGCCGCUACGUCGGGGUGGUGCUUCACCGCGACGAGAAACUCCCCCGGCCCCCUAGCCAGCCCCGCUCACGCCUGUUUGACAAGGUGGAUCUGAAUGCGCUGGCACGCGAAAAAGAACUUUUGCGCCAGGGAUACGAGCCCUUGGCUAUGCACCCAUCUCUCUCCUAG